AUGGCUGCCGACAGCUCGUCUUCACUGACCUCGACGUCGCACACAUUAACGGCCGGAUCAAACAUGGCAGCGGAUUCAUCUCCCUCCAAAGGAGCUGCCCUGGCUUUGUUGCAAAACUUGCGGCGCGGGAACCGCCAUGUCUUCCUGCAACCGACAACCGAACUACCUACCGAAUCACUCAACCUGGUGCGAGACACAUUGGAAGCCUUCGCCACGCAAGUCGGCGAGGAGCAGGAGCGCCGGUUGAAGGAAUCAAGGAAACGAAAACGCGGCGGCGAAAAGGAGGACAUUCUGAAGCUUCGAAAAAUCUACGUUGAUGGCUUCCAAACAAACCAGGUCUGGCAGCAGGCCAAGAAAGUUAUCGGUGGCGUCCUGGAGUUUUCCGAGUCUCUUCUUGACGAGAUGGAGGAGAGAAAUGAGAUUACUCUGAUCAAUGGUCACGAUACUGGAGAGGACGAUGAUGCGAGCAAUCUGAGCGCCGAGUCUGUAGAAGAGGACGAAGCGGACGAAGACUCUGAGAAUUCCGGCUCUGACGAGGAGCUUGAGGAUAUUGAGGAUCCAGAAAAUUUUGGCCAGCUCUCCGAUACUGGUGCAGAGGAGCUUGGCGAACAGGAAAUUGAUGAGAAUGCUGAGGAAGAAGAAGAUCAUGAUGAAGAUAAUAGCGAGGAUGGCGAGUCCUUCGUUGAAGAUCCCGAUGGUCUCAAUGAUGGGUUCUUCUCCCUCGACGACUUCAACAAGCAGACUCAAUGGUUCGAGGAGCAAGAUACCCGUGGCGAUCCGAAUACAGACAUGGCCAGCGACGAUGAAGAAGUAGACUGGACUACAGACCCCAACGCACCGGCCCAAAGUUCCAAAGUCUCAACGAGUAGAAAGACCAGGGAGGCAGACGACGAAAUGGCAGAUGAAGAUGCGGACGAGGAUGAGGACGAUGGUCCUACUUUUGGUGACAUGGCCUUGGAUGCGCCGGAAGGUGAUAGUGAUGACGAGGCGGCGGCAUAUGAAGACGGCUUCGAAGACGCUGAGAAUAACGCCAACGACAUUUUCUAUAAGGACUUCUUCGCGCCACCAUCGCGCAAGAGAGACGCGAAGAAGCCAAGGAAGUCAACCCCCAAGGCUCAAGAGCCUACAGAGCAAGACGUAGAGCGCGCCAUGGCCGAUGUUCGCCGUGACCUCUUCGAUGAUGAAUCAGAAAUGGACGACUCCGAGGAUGCCCUUUCGGAUGCUUCCGCCGGUGACCCGAAGUCUCGCCGAUCAGCGCACGAGCGCAGACAAGCCAAGCUGGCCGAAGAGAUUCGAAAACUCGAAGCCGCCUCCGUUGCCAAGCGCGAAUGGACUUUGUCAGGCGAAGCCAAGGCAGUGGAUCGCCCAACCAACUCGCUCCUUGAACAAGACCUCGACUUCGAAUACAUUGGCAAGCCGGUGCCCGUCAUCACACCCGAAAUUACUGAGAGCAUAGACGAGCUUAUCAAACGCCGUAUCCUCUCACAAGAAUUCGAUGAAGUCCUUAAGCGCCGCCCCGAGACAGAGACCGUCCCCUCAGGGACACGCCGCGGCCUCGUGGACGUCAAGGAUAGCAAGUCGGACAAGAGCCUGGCCCAAAUUUACGAAGAAGAGCACGUGAAAAAUGCGGAUCCCGAUAACUACGUCAGCCAGUCUGAUGAAAAGCUUCAACGCGAGGAAAAAGAGGUAGAAAGCAUGUGGAAGGAGGUCUCCGCCAAGCUCGACGCCCUCAGCAGCUGGCACUACAAGCCCAAGCCUACGGCUGCCUUACUCUCCGUCGUGGCCGACGUGGCAACCAUUGCCAUGGAAGACGCGCAGCCGGCGACGGCGCAAGGCGUGGCCGGCGCGAGCAGCCGCAUGGCGCCGCAGGAGGUGUACAAGGCCGGCGCGGACACAGCCGCCAAGGGCGAGGUGGUGUCCAAGAGCGGACUGCCCGUGGCGCGAGAAGAAAUGUCGCGCGAGGACAAGGCCCGCCGCCGGCGGCAACACAAGGAGCGUGUGCGCAAGGCUGGCAACGGCGGCGCUGGUGGCUCGCGGGCGGGCACGAGCAAAAAGGCGCAGACCAUCGCCGACCUCAAAAAGGGCGGCGUCAAGGUCAUCAACCGCAAGGGCGAGAUCACCGACGUCGACGGCAAGAAGAUCAAGGCGGCCAAGACUAUGUCGAGCGGCAGCUUCAAGCUGUAA